GGAUGUCAUGCCUGAUUUGCUGGCGGGCACGAUGACAGCAUCACAGGCGAAGAAACCGAUGACAUUCAUACCAGGAAACAACUACGAGAAUGUCGAAUUUAAGACAGAGAAGGUGAACACUUACGAGAAUGUGGAGCUAAAGCCACAUUCACAGGGUGCGCCAAUUGUAAUCUUGCCAACACCGAAACCACGCCAAGCUGUAGCCGGCGCAGGCGGCUCACCAGGAGUUGAGCCUAAGAAACGUUCAAUCAUACCAACGCCGCGAAAGAUUGCCUCGCCCACUAAGCUACCCAUACAAGUUGCGCCACCGACGGUGCCUAGCGAGGCAUUGCAGGCAAAGUCACUAACUAAGGCUGUGUCAAAAGUGCCAACCACACCUACUACGCCCACAACACCCACUACUCCGACAAAUAGUCCACUUACGCCAGCAAAUACCCCGACCACGCCGUCAUACGAGCCCACGCAAACCGCUAAAGAAUUCAUCACCAAGAUACCAAAAGCUAUCGCCUCGGUAUUUGGCCCCAAUUCGCAACGCUCAUUCGAACGUGCCAAGACUGAGGGUGAAAUUAAGCUAAAGCAGUCGCCUGAGCUAUCGUCCAGCAUCAAACAACAGACCGCCAUGUUCUUGGAUAAAGAAUGCCACAGUUCCACGGAUAGUGUUGUGAGCGCUACGCGUAAGCCCGCAGCUGAAAAAUCGAAGUCUGUAGAAACAAGCAAGCUUUCGCCGCCUAAGUCCCGCAUUCCCGUGGUACUUUCGCCGAAACGCUCAUUCGAAAUGGACACGUCCAUGGAGCGAAAGCUUAAUAAUAGUCCGUCUAACAUACCACGUUUCCUAACGCACAAGCAAAAGUCCGAAACGGACCUCAAACUUGGACUCUAUCGCAGCAAGUCGAAGGAGUCCAGUCCGCCGUUGAGUCUCAAAAUGCCGCUGCAGCGCACAAAUUCAGCGGAGUCGAAACUAAAGAGUCCUGAGCGCACACUUAUACCCGUUUUCAGUGGUCAGUCUACAUCCGCGGAAGCCAUACUUGCCUCCACCGCAGCGAGCACGCCCACAAAGGCGAAAGGUCCUAAACCUAAACCACCAGAGCGUGUGCAGUCGCUAGGCAAGUCACCCACGCAUAUUCCUAAACUGCAACCGUCAACCGUAAGUGGUGGUGGUACAGUUGCGGUGUCAGUGGCGGACCGAAAUGCUGCUACUACACACACGACGCCACCGUCAUCGCGCAGCGAUACACCCACAAUGCAAACAUUCAAGCAACAAUCACCGCCUGCCAGCGCAUCACCCAAUCGCGAGAUACGUUUCAAGAUACAAACCUACGAAAGUAAAACGCAAGAGCCACGCACACCAUUCACGGAUGUGAAUGACAAUGAGGACGAUAAAAUGCCUAGUCUCUUCGAUUUGGUACGCAAGAAUAGUCCGAAUGCGCAACGGAAAGAUGAAUCGCCGCCAGUUCUGUCCUCAUUUAAAUCAUCUACUGUCAACCAAGAGCAGCAGCAGCACAUUGAAAGUAAUGUCGAUGACGAAGACGUACCCCCAGCUGUGGUGGGUAAAUGCAUUAAAGUGAGUGACUCACAACCCACUUACUACUCAAGUUCGAGUGAAGAUGACGAAGAGGAGCUCAACGCCAUGCGUCAUGACGCUGAACGUGAUUAUGACUGCGAGGAUGGUGAAAAGUUGGGACCACCAGAGCUGAUAAAUGGCCCAGGACCCUCGGAAGCAUAUUUCAAUCUCUAUUGGCAUUCGAAUAUGCUGCCCACCAUUGGCGAGGUGGAGGAGGAAUUCUCCUCGCUAGAGCCGCAAUCUUUGCCAAAUGGUCCAAUCGUUAUUGUGGAUGAUUUGAGUCAACAGCAACAACCAAAACAGUUAGCAAAUAACGUUGAAGCAGAAAAGAUCGCAGAACCGCAAACGAAGGAUAUUGUAGCUGAGGUGAAGAAAGACUCAAACGCAACAAAAGGGAUAGAAAAGGUAGCAGACACGGGACCUCUGAAAGAUACUAAGGAGGUGAUAGACAAAGUAGUGUCCGAGGCUUCAGAAAAGUCUUUAGAGAGGAAGCGCGAAGAGGUCAUAAAGUCCGAGCCUGCUGAGAAGACCGUGAAAGCAACAAAAUUAGCCGGGACCAACGCCACCGAGUCCACUAGCACGAGCGCACAAAAAGAUCAGAAAACGCCUGCAAAAAGUGGAACUUUCAGCGCCCCUAGCACUCAACAGUCAGCGAUUGGUAAAGCGCGAAAAUCGCAAUUCAUUGGCGUGCCCGUAUCGCCGCCGACAGUGCCCAAAAUGGAGAGUGGCCAGGUAAAAGCUGAGGAAACUACCAGCAGCGGUGACAAGGUGACAGCGGAGAAAGCGACGCAUGCGACAAAGGAAAUGAAUAGUGAAUUUGUGGCCGUGAAAGAGAAUGCAAGCGCGCUGGAUAAAGUGACAACAACAGCAAAGCAGGUGAAACCAAGUGAUAAGAUAACUGACACUGCCAACAAAGUGACAAUGGAGGUUAAUUACCAGUCCACUGAUAGUAGAGUAGAGCAGAGGGAGUUGGAGCAGAAUGUAGUUGAUAUGCCUAAUGCCAAGGCUAAUUGGGCAGCAGGCGAUGGGGACACAAAUAACGCAGCGAUAAUGGUUAAUCAGGUGUCAAACAAUACGACUGUAAUGGCGGCGGUACCUACUGAAACAAAGCAAAUAGGUCAACAACAGGCAAAUGAGGAACAUAUUAACUCAUCCAAUAACACAAACGAAGCAGAGUCAAUAAAACUGGCGCAUAAAGUUGAAGGGGUUGAUACAUAUACCCAUAGUGAGUCCAAAAGCGAAACUGCAGCAGAGACCACGAAAUCGAGCAGCAAUAGCGCUAGUAGUUCGAGUAUGUCCAGCAAGAUCAGCGAGACACAUAUGGAGCAGACGGUGCAGAAAAAUGUGGAGGCGAAGACUGAGCACACGUCCGAGCUGAAAUCGGAACGUCAGACUACACAAAAAGUUACCACAACUACCACUAAAAAGCAGGUCAUCAAGUCCUCCACCUCUUCUACGCAACUGAUCGAGAAUAGCAGCUAUGAUGCUUUGGACGGCUUACCGGAGGAGUUGCGCAAAACGCUUGAAGCUGGCGGUAAGGCUCAGACUAAUAAAACGACCAGCGCCACACCGACCGCUGCACCCUUUACCUCCAACUUGUUGGAUCAUUUCAAUAAACCUGUUGCCUUUACGCUGCAACCCUAUGCGGAACGCGUCAGUAGCGCCGGUUCGCCACGCAUAACCGUCUUUGAAGAGCGUCAAUUCGAAACCAAACAAAAUGCUUACACCGAGAUACGCACACGCGAUACGGCGGGCGAAGAGAAGCUACAGACGAGCACGGAAAGCCAUAAGGAACGCGCCAAGUUGAAGAAGGUGCACAGCCAAGGCGAUGAUUUGGACCAGCUUGGUGUUGAAGGUCUUGCUGAGGAAAUGACAGCCGCUGACAAUUUAAAGCCGAUGACGGUCACCGCGAGCGCGGAGACACGUAUAUCGGAAUUUGUCGAUAAUCCACAAGAUAAGCAAAGUAUUGAAAGGGGUAUUUUGAAUUUAUCGGAGAGUGGUAAGCAAUUGCAACGCAACGAAUCUGGCGGUGUGGAGUAUAUGGAGUGUGAGCACCAAGUGCAGGAUUCGUUUGAAGAUAUGAGGCAGGUGUUGGGCGGCGGCAGUGUAGAAGGAGAUAAGAAGCCCACACUGCUGCGUGAAUUGAGCGAAACACUGACUGUGGCUAAGGAUGGUGACAAACAGGUGACGCGUCGCAGCGAAACUACGAAGGAGACACCGAAGAAGGGCGCUAAGCUGCUGAAGAAGUCCGAAGAUGAGCGGCGUUUGGAGCUGGAGGCGCAGAAGCUGAUCGAAAGCUAUCAGAAGGUAAAGAAAGAGGCUGAAAAGUUAUUCCAGCAUGAAUUUUGCGACGAGGAGGGUUUUGACUUUGGCGACGACAAGCAGAAUAAAGACGAAGCGGGCGCUGCAGUCACGGUGGAGGAAGUAAAUGAACGGAGAGUGAAUGGAACAGAGAGUGAAGCAGAGAGUGAAAAGUUGCCCGGUGUGCUUGUGGAAGAAAAGUUGGUGAUAGAAGGCGAGCUUGAUGAGAAAAUUAAGGAAGACGGUAAAGCGCAUGAUCAACUCGCUACGCCUGCCGAGAGUACAGAUGUAGAGCUUGAGACGCAUAAACAAAUAUACGUAAAUGAGAGCAAUCUGACUGCUGAUCGAAGUAAGUUAGAUGCGUCACAGCUAACAGCCGGAUUUCUGGAAGAAGAACGUCGGUCCGUGGAAAAGGAAAAUGCGCUCAAGGAACAACUAGUAACCUCUGCACAAAGCCAGCAGCAACAGGCAUCCUUACACGUAAGCGCGCCUCCAGACUUGCUUGAUAAUGAACCGUUUUACGUGUUGCAUAAAAAUAUUAUUGAAGAACCCAAAUCUGAGGCGGUGCAUACGGAAUUUGACGGCAAACCCAUGCCGCCCGUCGUUAGUAAAGUUAUAGAAAUUGAAGAGGCCAUAAAACCGAUAGUCGUGGAAGUCAAGUCACCGCAACAAAUACGACAAUUCGAAACCGUGGAAAUAAAAAUUCAGAAAAAAUUGCCUGCAUCCAUCAACGAAGUGACGGCCAACGAAAAAGUCACAAUCCAGGCUACAAAGCCAACAUCACCACCCAUCCCACAAAAACGUGAGCACAAAUCUCCAGAGGGCACGAUUGCCACCACUGUCUCAACCGCACCCACUUCAACAUUAGCACCAACACCGAAGAAACGCGGCUCCAUAGACCUGCACACAGCUAACUUUGGUGGCGACCACACACCGUGUGCGAACUCCCAACUGCAAACGUCUAAAUUAGAAAUCCCAAUUAACACACCGAAUUUACAACAAAACUGCGAGCGAAUGCAACAGCCAACUAAAUCAGCACAAUCAGCAUCCGUCCCCGCAGCCCGCAGCGAGUCGCAACAACAUAAGCUAGAGCGUAUUAUUGUUGGCGUAGAACAACAGCAAUACGACGACACAAACAACGUCAAGCAGCCGGCAAUUAUUACCUUUGCCAGCCAAGAUCUGCCAACGGAAAUGGCGGUCAGCUCACCAACCAAACAAGUUGUCUCGAAUGUGGUAAGCGGUAGUGGUAGCAGUGGUACAAUUGCAGCCGAGUUGCAUUUGGAGACCAUUAAUUUGCCAAAUGAGCCACAAAAUACAUCCACAUCCACAACAACGGAGAAAUUGAGGAAAUCAGAGCGCGUUGGCGAUGGCAUGCAAAUGCCAAAGACAACAGCAUUAGCAGCAGGAACAGCAACAACAACUGCGUCUAUGACAUUUAUGUCAACAUCAUCUUCUGCGGAUUCGGUGCAAAGUGUCAUUGAAGUAGGUGGCAUUGUGGAAUCACCAUCGGAGGAUGAAGUGAGCCGCGGCGUGUCGAGGAAUGCGAGUGAAGAAGAUCUUGACCAAACUCACUUGAGUAGCAAAGACAAAAUGGAGAACGGCAUACAGGUGGUGCCGCAAACACCGUUACUCGUCAGCGACUAUCUCACACUCAGCUCACCACCCACAUAUUCACGCCUGCCACCCGACGGCCAUGAGUUUCCGCCCAAUUUCAGUGAACCACUAAUAAUGCCCCCGCCCAGCACAAAUCUAUUGAAGGCUGCAAGCCUAAUGCAGUCCACCACCACCACCAUGACGAUGUCCAGCACAAAGGGCAAUAACACAAACACAAAUACCGUGUACACAGAAAAACUCUUUACGACAGCUAGCGCCAGUGGUGGCCAAACUCUGGUAGCUAGUACACGCACAACACAUAAACACAUUAAUAGCAAUGGCGCUAAUAACACAACAGCCGGGGCAACGACUGCCACGUCAUCCUCACCGGCGAACGGUACACUGAAUAUCAGCAGCAGUAAUGUUGAUGUGCCCAUACUGGAAUUUACUAUCAGUAGCAACAGCAGUGACAGUAAAGUAGGUGAUAGCACAGAAGCAACUGUACCACCACCGCUACCCAAAUCUGGUCCACCACCAACUGUGCCGCGCAAGACAUACCGCCAGGAUCUCGUAGUAAAGGUGGAGGAUGCGCGUCAUGCGUCCGAUAAACGCACGGAUGUGCUUGCUGAAGCCACUACCCCUUCGGGUGCUGGUAGUGGCAAAUUAGUAUUCGAGUCACGUCACAGCCGUUCGACACAGAAUCUGUCGUCGAGCGGUAGUAGCACACCAACAGCCAACAAACUGGAACCACCCUCGUUUGAAGUGGGUGGUACUGGCACAGGCACCGGCAGCGACUACAAGCGUUCGUUGAGUGCACCACGUCGGCACAGCGACUGGAGAAAGGAUGAGAAAUCGGAGAAGAGCGUGCGCGAUAAGAUCGCUAUGUUCUCAAACGACGCCGAGAGCAGUGGUGCGGAGACACCAGUGAAACCUCUGAGUUUUUCGCGCACGCAGAGCGCUACUAAACCACUCAAUCUGAGCACUGAGAAUUUGCUUGAUACAGCAACGAGCGCGCGCUAUGUCACAACAGCCUCCAAUCUGACGAAGACCCGUGCUAUGAGCGUGGAGAAUCUCAACGAUGUGGCACGUCAAGUGCAGCUGGCUAAACAGUUACCUACGCAAAACUUUUCAGAUUCCAUGUACGCGCUGAAUACGCUGGCUACAGACUACACACAGAGCUAUGCGUCAUUGCCGCGGCGCCACAUGCAACACUUGGAGCGCCGCAUUAGCUUUUCGGGACAGCCAACCUACAUGCCAGACGAGGCAUCGCGCAAGGCGGCCAUAACAAAUAUACUGGAGCAACGACGCCGCAGCAUGUCCAAACUGCGUGGAUUGGUUAUACCAGAGCGUCCGCAUGUGCCGCUUGAACCCAUACUCGAUCUCCCGGAGAUCAAAAGUCGUGAUAGUGAAAAGUUGAAGUCAGGCAAUACGUCGUCCACAGAUUCGACGGACAGCGGCGUUGGCUCUAGUAGUAGCUACUUUUCCACCGUGCCUCGUCCCGCCAAACGCACUGAUAUAAUGCACAACUCACCGCUGCGUCCACUCACCGUAGCUACUACAAGCAACUCGACCAACAUGUCUGCCAAUAAUAGCUACCGUAGCAUUUUUUCCGCACAAACUGCCGCACCGCGGCAUGCCACAACGGUGCAGUCCCCACUCGCCAUGCCACACCAGCCACGCCGCUUUGAGCCAGUGCUAAAUAGCACACCGCCUGCCAAACCGCCACGCACCUCACUCAGCGUGCCACCGCGCCAACACGCUAUGCACGAAGAGAGCGACUCGGAUUCUGUUUUCUCCUCGAAAGUGUCCUCGCCACCUAUGUCUCCCUGCGUGCCGCAGGUACCUGAGAAGUUUGCGCUUACACGCACGCUCUCGUCGGAAACGAACACAUCUAUAGCCAGUUCAACGACUUCCACGCUCACAUCUGGCUCGGGUUCGCAGGCUAGCUGUUCAUCGGUGGGCAGCACUCCCACAGUUGAUCUGUCGCGUCGCGUGCUCAAGUCCGGUUCCAGUGAUUCAGCCACGAAUCGCAAGAACAUAUUAGCUUCGGCAAAGUGUCGCAAUGGCCGCGGCGAUGCUUCAGCGCUGCUGCGUAAUCGCCCUUACGAUGAUGAGGACAGCACCGACGGUUAUGAUGAAGAUGAAGUGCGUCGCGUACACAAGUCUAAACCGCGUUCUACAUCGGGUGCAUCGCUGGUCAUAAUGCCCAGCAAAGCAGUACCAGCCUCAGCGCCAAUCAACUACAAGCUAGUAUCGAAGAACGAGCAAAGCCUCGUGGAUAAGGUGAUUAAUGUAGCAGCCUAUGUUGAAGUCACCUCCGAUACAGACGAUAGUAGCCGCAAAUCGGACAGUGGCUCGCCAUCGAAACUCAGUGCCAUGUUCAUCGACGAGGAACGCAAAGCUAGCUUCAAGGCCGACCCCAGUCAAAAGGCCAGCACACCGCCCAAAGUAGCGACAAAGCCGAGGCAAGCCGCUAUAUUGCCAGCUGUCACUGCCGUGCCGGUGCAACCCGUCACACCACGCAAAGCCACUGAAGUUGUGACUCCCAAAAAGACACAGCCCGAAGCGAGCAAUGAGUUAACGCAAUGGAUGCAAGUCGAAGUGGCAAGGAAGACCAAGCAAGUGACGGGUCGCAAUCUAUCGGAGCGCACGCCACUCAAACCGGUGCUAGAGAAGUAUGAGUCCACGGUUGUGAGCACCAAGACAUACGGCAGCAAAUCUGCCACCACAACGAAGGUCACUACCGCUGAAAUACGCGAGAAGUUCGAACGCACAGCAGCCAUUGAACGGGCUGCCGCUGCAGCAGCAAACGCUGUAACUAACGUAUCGCCGGCGGUAUCAACGAACAGUUUGCUCGCUGCUAAGACAAUUGGCAGCAAAGCAGGUGCUAACUAUCACGAGCGAUUCCCGUCGCUCGAUUCCAUAGCCUCGUCAUCGUCGGGUGUUAGUUCCAGCACGCAAAAUGUGUCCACACAAGAGAAUACCAACGAAUUCGGCAGCUUUUCGUCGCUUGGCAGCAAUCAGAGCCUGAUCACUGCGCAAGAUAUACAACAAAUCAUCGAGGAGGCGGAACCGCCACUCAAAACACCGGAGGCUUUCAUAGUGGUGCUACAACGCGAUACGCCCGAGAGCAGUAUUGGCGUAACGCUCGCCGGUGGCUCCGACUAUGAGGCCAAGGAAAUUACAAUACAUAAAAUCUUAAACAAUACGCCGGCAGCCAAGGAUGGACGCUUGAAGAAGGGAGAUCGCAUAUUGGCCGUUAACGGCAUGAGCAUGCGUGGCCUCACGCAUCGUGAGUCUAUCACCGUACUAAAGACCCCACGCCCCGAAGUGGUGCUCGUCGUUACACGUUCCGAGUCGGUAAUUGUGAAACCGCUUACCAAGAAACGCUCCUCCCUCGGCUCGCUCACUUCGCUUAAUGAGAAACCCACCGAAGUGGAUUAUGAGAAGAAGCGCAACUAUCACAAAGCCUCACGUUCUCUGGACCUAGACUUGGAUAUUGUUUCGGCCAGCGAAGAUGCUAAUGCAUCUAAAACUCCCAGUACUGUAUCCAGCGCGAGUCCCACACCAACUAUGGCGGAUAGCACUGCAGCGACGCUGGCGAGCAUUCGCACACGUCGGCAGCAAUCACGCGCCGACGCUAGCAAACUAAGUACGAGCGAGUUGUUGGAACGUGCCGCUGAGGCGCGUAACGCCAUUGCGGCGGAAAUACGAGCGCAAGAAGAUGCCGCUGUCGGCUCACGUACAGUAGAGAUUGUUAAGGACAGCUGUGGACUGGGUUUCUCCAUUGAGGGUGGCUUUGAUUCGCCGCUAGGAAAUAAGCCUUUGAUUGUGAAAAAGGUCUUCAUGGGCGGCGCCGCACACAAAACUGGUCAAGUGCGAAAUGGUGAUGAAAUACUAAGCAUAAAUGGUGCCUCCACAGCGAAGAUGACACGCGUCGAUGCCUGGAACUACAUGAAACAGCUGCCCAUGGGACCAGUUAAGAUUGUCUUCGCUUGAUGGGAGGAAGUAAAUAAAGCUUAUAUUUUCUGUAAUUAAAGAGGAACAUUGAAAAUGUUAACGUUGUGAAAGCUGCAACGACUUGUAAUUAGGAUAUAUACAAAUUUGGGAAGCGUUUUUGUUCUAAUAUUUUGGUACUUAUGAAAGAAAAAACACUAUAAAACGUAGUGCAUUAGUUAUUUAUAAGUUUUGCUUUACUUUAAUUUUUUUUUGUGCUGAAUUUUAUGUAGUUUGACGAUUUCUGAUUUGUUCUUAUAAUUUAUAAUUUCUUUAUUUUAUCAUAUGAGUAAUCUUGCUAACACAUUCGUAGCCGUAAGUCUCAAAAAAGCAGUGUUUUUGUUAAUAGUUUUGUAAUAUUUUUUUUUUUUGUCUAUAAGCGACACACAUACUUACAUAAAUGUUGAGAGAGUGUAAUCAGGUAUUAAAACGCAAAUUAACUGAAUGUUCGAGAACAAAAAAUAGAAGUGGAUGGGGAUUUUUAAUGGCUUACAUUUUUAUGAAAAGGGUUAAUCUUGCCAUUUGCAGCAAAGUGAAUGCAAUUUAAAUAUUUGUGUCUGCAGUUUUUGCCAGAAGUUGGGUAACAAAUUAUAAAACGGAAAAUAGAAGAUAAAAAAAAA